AUGGGUGGCCCAGGUUGUGGCAAAGGGACACAGUGCAAGAACAUGGCGACCAAAAAUGGCUUCUGCCAUGUGGGGCUGGGCCAGCUGCUGCGGCAGGAGGCCCAACGCAGCACCCAGCGGGGCCGGAAGAUCCAUAACAUCAUGCUGCAGGGGCUCCUGGUGCCCAUGGGCAUCAUCCUAGACAUGAUCUGCAACACCAUGUUAUCUCGCCCAGAGAGCCGGGGCUUCCUCAUUGACGGCUUCCUGCGGGAGCUGAGGCAGGCCAAGGGGUUUGAGCGCAUUGCCAGCAGCGCUGACUUCAUGAGAAGGCCCAUCCACACGCCGGAACAGCCAUGGCUGGAGCGUCUGGAAACAGCCGAGCAGGACAAGAGGAACUGGCAGAUCGUCAGCCUCCAGGCUUUUCCAGAACUUGCUGGAUAGGGUCGAAAUGCCUUCAAAGAAGUCCAGAUUGCUUCGGUCACCUGUGCACCUGUCUGAGAACACCGCUCCAGGGAGCCGAGGCCCCGGGGUGGGUGGCCUAUGUCAAAUGAGCACGCGGGGACUCCCCACCAGGAAGCACUCUGCACAAGGGGCGGCGAGGAGGACCAGAUAACCACGUGCAGCUCCGAUGAUUAUCGUCAGGUUGGACUUGCUUGGAGCAUCCGUGACCAGUCGCCCUGAAACGCCCAGACACGGGACCCAUUUCUCUGGGUCCCUGUUUCUCCCAAAAGUGCCACCUGCAGGGAAACUCCCCUGUUCACAG